AUGGGUAAAGGACGUAUUGAUGGGAUUGCUACUUCACAAAGCUCUACACGAUGGUAUUAUUUCUUGUUAACAGUUUCACAAGUCAUCGGCAUCUCAGCACUUAUUGUACUUGGUGUUCUUUUUGGAAAAUAUCGCGGAGGAUUUGGAUGGAGUUCAGAUCUUACAAAAGUAUUUAAUAAUCAUCCAUUAUUUAUGGCACUUGGUAUGAUAUUUUUCUAUGGUGAUGCUAUAUUGGUUUAUCGUGUAUUUCGUGAUACAAAAAAAAUUUUUGUUAAAAUUAUUCAUGCAUGUUUAUUAGCACUUUCACUUAUUUUAUCCUCAAUUGGUCUGAAAGGUGUUUUUGAUAGUCAUAAUCGAGCUGUUCCGCCACGAGACAAUUUAGUUACAGCUCAUUCAUGGAUUGGUCUUACAGUUGUGAUUUUAUUUGGUUUACAGUGGGUAUGUGGUUUUAUAACUUAUCUUUUUCCAAAAUUAAGUGAAAGUAUUCGUCAAGCAUAUAUGCCAAGUCAUAAAUUUUGGGGUAAAACAAUAUUUAUUCUUGCCAUUGUUGCUUUUAUGAUGGGUGUUGUAGAAUAUAGUAUAUUUGAUAACCUUUAUAAUGAUAAGAAACUAAGAGUUCAUGGAAAUACGUUAACAGUAAUGAGUAUUAUGUUUUUGAUAUUUGCUAUUAUUGUUAUUUAUCUUGUUGGUGAUAAUGAUUUUCAACGACCUCCAGAAAAUGUCGAUGAACAUACGCCUUUAACUGAGUGA